AUGGCACCAAAGUUUGUAGAUCAUUUUGGCAAAGUUUCUUCUAAAUACCUUACUUUUAGACCAACAUACCCAAAUGAAUUAUUUGAUAUUAUUAGAGAUUACACUCAGAGUGAUACAACAAGACAAUUAGCAUUUGAUAUUGGAUGUGGUAAUGGACAAGCAACUGUAAAGUUGGCAGACAUGUAUGAAAAGGUGAUUGGUUUUGAUCCGUCAGAAGGUCAAAUAACAAGUGCACAACCUCAUCCUCGUGUAGAGUAUAGAGUGUCACCUGCUGAAAAGAUUGAUUGGCAUCCUGAUGGGUCAGUCGAUUUAAUCACAGUGGCACAAGCAGUUCAUUGGUUUGAUCUACCAACAUUCUACAAUGAAACAAAACGAUUACUUAAACCAAAGACUGGUUCACUUAUCAUUUGGGGUUAUGGUACUUGUUCAAUUGUCAAUAAUGAUAAAGCACAACAAAUUCAUCGUCAUGUAUGUGAUGAGUAUUGGCCAUCAAAUAGAAAGUUUGUUGAUCGUGAAUACGUUGAUAUCAUUCCAACCUAUAGUAACACAAUUAGAAAGAAUACAAGUUUUAAUAAAAAGUUAAGUAUUGGUGAUAUGAUUGGUUACUAUUCUACUUGGAGUGGAUACAACCAAUACUUAAAGACAAAUGAAUGCAAGUUACCAAGUUUAAAGGAGCAAUUACUCAAUGCCUACAACACGACCGAUGAGAAUACUGAAAUAGAGUUAUCAUUCCCACUCUUUAUCAUUCUUUCUAAAAAGGAUUAA